CUGAGGAAUGGAGGUGAUGUUUCUGCCUCGUGGUGUAAUUUCGUGAAUAAUGCCUCCACGUGCCUGGCCCUCUUUGUUUCUGCCUCAGUUUCUCCUCUGAAAAGAGGGGACAGUUGAGGAGCUUUGUUUUGAUCAGUAGUUUCUGCUUUCGUCCCGUGUCGGGCAGGUGAGGUCUGAGGCCCUUUUGCAUUCUGCUGGUGAGGCAGUGGGCAUCCUGGGGCGGGGCCGGGUGGGCGGGGGCUCCCCCACCUCCUGACCUGGGGCACACCCUGCCCAGCCUACCACCUGCAAACUGUCUUGGCUUUGAAGACCCAGGCCAAGAACCCCUUUUGGAAGGUCCCCCUCGCUCCUGUCUCAGCCCAGGAGGAUUCGGUCUGUCGUUGUGCCGCCUGUCUCCGUCUGCCGGCCGCGGGCUGCCCCAGGCCGCUGCCGCUGAGAACAGGAAAUGCCGUUUGGGUCUCAGAGAAAACUGACAGAUGAAGGCGGGCAGGUGGGUCAGACCCGAGAGGUGUAAGAGCAAGUAUUUUUGGGCAGAAGUUCCCUCAACAGCCGCAUCUGCACAGCCGCUGUGUUCACUGUGGCCGCGAGGCCCAGGAGCGCCAUCUUGACAGUGCAGGGCCUGUGGCCACGACGCCGGGCGGGCCAGGAGGUGCUGGCUCUGCUGAGCGAGUAAGGGUGCUCUGGGGUGGCGCCUUCCCUGGCGGGCAGCGCGCCCCACGCUCUUCUGCUCGGGGAAGGGCUCUGCUGCUUUGUUUUUGUUCGGGUGGAAGCUUCCUGUGAACGCACAAGUGGUCGGGCCCGCCUGUGGGCUCGGCGCGGGGCUGGCGUGCCGUGGGGGAGCCUCGGUGCUGUGUCGUGUUCGGUUCACAGCGGGGGUCACUCCCCUGAAAAGAGCAUUUAAGAUCCUGUCCCAAGACACAUUGGGCACCUGCUCCCCUUUCCUGUCGUCUGGCGCUGGUCGCCUCUGGGGCCGCAGCAGCACCCUGCACAGCUGGGGUCCCGGGGCUGUGGAGGAAUGGGGGGGACGCCCUGUGGAGACCCUGGGGGCAUCUGCUUCUGCCUCCCCAGCAUCAGGCUGUGCGGUCCUUGGCCUGUGGCGCCAGUCUUGGCUCUCCUGGGGCGGCCCCGUGCCCCCUGCCUCUCUUACAGGGGCGCUUGUGAUGGUAUUUGGGGCCCACCCGCUAAUCUCACUCAUCCCAAAAUCCAUAACUCAGCCACACCCAGAGGCCCUUUCCUUGUAAACGAACACAUGCGGCUCCAGAUGCGGACCUGGCGUCUCGGGCCGCGUCUCAGGCCACUUCCCGACCCCUCCGGGCAGUUAGCGCAGCCGAUCGCGCGCCCGGCACAGGGUUCUCCAAGAGGCACGAGGGCAUCUCUAGCCUCUGUCGCCUGCCGCAGAGUCCAGAAUGCACAGGAGGGGCUGUAGGGUUCAGGCCCCACCCCUGGCCGGUCUGGGGGCGUGACGCCCGGGCUAUCUACGUUGGCGACCCGGGGUGCCUGUGGGUCGGACUCGACCAGAGCUGGGCGCAGACAGCAGAAAUGGUAUCUUGAAUAACGGGGCCUUUGUAUCGUGCAGCAGGAGCUCUUUGCUGUGCAGUUGGUGGCGCGGGGCACGGCUCAGCCGUAGAGUUCGGGGACAGCUCUGGUCUGGUGAUAGCGGGCCAGGUGACGCGUGCUCAUUUGGAAAGGCUGAUCCUUCUGAACAGAGACCACGUCGUGGGCCAACACUGCUGCGGAGGCGCUGCUGUCGCCGGCUCGGUGGGGUGAGGUGUCGUCCUCCCGCAGCCUGCUCCGGCCCCCCAACCCUUGGCCCUUCCACUACGCCUCCUCUUCCUUCCCAACCCCUCGGCCCGUCCUGGCGUGGGGUGACUUCUCCAGGAGGAAUCAUGUCACCCGGUUCGGGGCGCACAUCACUUGGGCAGCGCUUGGUAAAUGUCCCAGAAAUUGUCACGAUUCUUGAUCAUCCUUCAGAAUGUUUUCAUUUUUCUGACAAUUUUUGAAAUCUUGGUUUGUGUUUAGAACAUUCAACAAAAAAGCCUGUCUUGAAGCAGUAAAAAUGGUUUGGAACCACAGCUCUCUAGUUGGGCGUGAGGAGUGCCCGCAGAAGUCACCAAUGCCGGGCAGCCCGGGGUCCGCGGGGCAUCGGAGGGGCGGGCGCGGUCUUGUCGCCGGGCAUGGCUGCCAGCACAGCGCCGCUGCGCCCUUGAGUCCCGCUCAGGCAUGGGGGUUCGCUGGCUUGUUUGUUCCCCUCCUGAUUAUAAAUAAAUAGGUUUCCUGUGUAGGGAAACUUUAAAACUUUUACAAAUGUUGGGUGCCAUGCCUCCGAGAUGGCCUUGCUGCGUGACCUGCAGUGUGUGCGUGCAGGCCCCCACCCGGGGGCCGUGGUGUACGUGGACGUCUCCUGCGUGCUGCUGCUUGAGCGGCUUUUCAGUGACUCGUGUCUCUUGUGGACUGUUGCCGUGUUUGCACCUGCCGCCGGAACCUGCGGGGUGUGCUACCGCCCCACCUGCGGCCUCUGUGGGUGCCCCAGCCCGGGCCUCUCCGGAAUGCUGCUUCCUGCCCGGAGCGCAGACCUGCUGCGUCCCAGGAGCCUGAACAUCAGACAGGGCGAGGCCUUGCUGAGUCCACACGUUACCGCACUGGGGCGUCCUGCCCAGGCCACAGAACAUCCUUCUGGGGAGACACUCCCACAACUGCCCGCGAGCCCUCGGGCGCACGCCUAGGUGGAGCUGCUCUCGUCAUCCCCAGGCCCAGAAUUUCAUUUGCCUGUGUCCUUGUGGAACGUGCAACUUCUGUUUUUUUCCUCUUGUUGAAAACAAACGAAGAUCCCAGUCUCCCUUCCCCCCAGUGUUCCUUUCACCGCCGCCUGCCCCCUGCCCCGUGAGCCGGUGUUUUCAGAUGUGAUGUCUUUUCACACGUUCUCCCUUAAGGGGUGUAAGGCUGCCUGUGGGGAUAUGACUCUUAAAUCUGUCCAGAGCCCCUUUGCUCCUUCUGUUCCAUGUCGCCGCACUGGGGCGUGUUCGGCAUGUCAGGACCCGAGAGCCUUAAAAACACGUUCUUUGGGCAUCAUUCGACAGCCGUGGGUUUUGUGGGCGUCGGUGAUCCGGGUUGCCUGAAAGACCAGAAAGCACUUUGCUUCUUGUGUGGGGUGCAGAACUAGGGGUGAGCCAGAGGUACAGUGAGGCCCCCCCCUCCAGCAGGCAGGGACGGGGACUUGGAGCCUUAUUUGUCAGUCUAAAGCUGAGGGCCGGUUCUGUCAGGUGGCCUGGCACAAGCUUGUUGGCUGGCGGCUCAGCCGUGUGUGUCUGCUUCUUGCGCUGUGCUGGGAGGGGGUUAGAGAAAAGAAAUGGAACUUCUGGCCUCAGGGGGUCUUGGUCAGUUAAGGAGGCGGAGAGUUAGGCGGCCCUUAGGGACUUGAGAAGUUUGACCUGAGCGCUCAGUGGGGCGUCUCGCUGGACUGGGCAGUGAGCAUCCAGGAGACCUCCUGGAACAGGAAGGGGUAGACCAGAGAAAAGAGGUGGGUGGUCGCAUACCAGGUGCAGGGGAAAGUGAGCGUGUCCUGGGCAGGGCCUUUGCUCUUCAGGGGGCCUGCUCCCGAGUUCUGCACCUGCCGUCCACGCGCGAGACAGGCUCUUUGAUCACCAACAUGGUUUUAUGUUUAAUUUAAUAACUUUUUAAAAUAGAAAAUGUUUAACUUAUAAUUGCUGUCCUGGUGGUUUCUCGUGCCCUUUCCUGUUAUUUCAGCAGCAGCAUUUCUCUGGGUUCAGUGCCGCCUGCGAGAAGACAGGAGAGUGGGGCCCAGCGGAGGCCGAGUGGGGCUGGAAUAGCGAAGGAGGUGGAGGUGCCUGUUGGGGGACAGUUGUAAGCGCGUCCUCAUCAAGCGCAGUUUUGAUCUUUUUAGCCAAAUGUGACUUUCACCCCGUGGAUUCACCCGAAGUUCCUGUGACGGGACAGGGAUCCGAAGUCAAGUGAAAACCAGCGGUUGUGUUUGUGUGGAAUGUCAUUUAGGGCUUGCCCAGGUAGCCAUUUCUGUGGCUACUUAAAAUCAUUUAUCACCCGUGCUCUGCUGAGUUUGUAAGAAGUCAGGAACCGGUUCUCACCGUGGGGGAGAGGGAGGGAGAGGGAGACCUGCAGGCCUCACAGCCGUCGUGGCCUUCAGAGGGUGGGACCUCAGUCUCCGGGUGACCUUCACACUUUGCGUCUUUCUCGGGUGGGUGAACGUGGCCUUUUAUGUAUUUACCUCCCCAUUUUGUUUUUCAUAUUUUGUUUCUGUCAGGAGAGAACACUGAAAUUACUCUCUAAGCUGUGUGAAGAGCGUGACUAAAUGCACCUGGGCCAGGCUGUCCGGGGGCAUGAAGUGGCUGGGAGAAUCCAAGAACAUGGUGGUGAAUGGCAGGAGGAGUGGAGGCAAGUUGUCGAGUGACCCUCCGCAGACCCAGGCCAAGCCACAGCCCGCGGGCAAGGACGCCGUGAAGGCCGGCAGGGGCGUGGUGGAGCGGAGGUCGAGCAGAUGUAAUGGUAGUUCUGGAUUCGAAGGACAGAGUCGAUAUGUACCAUCUUCUGGAAUGUCUGCCAAGGAACUGUGUGAAAACGAUGACCUGGCAACCAGUUUGGUUCUUGAUCCCUAUUUAGGUUUUCAGACACACAAAAUGAAUACGAGCGCCUUUCCUUCGAGGAGCUCAAGGCAUUUUUCAAAACCUGACAGUUUUCCUCACAACAACCCUGUGAGAUUUCGGCCUAUUAAAGGAAGACAAGAAGAACUAAAGGAAGUCAUUGAACGUUUUAAGAAAGAUGAGCACUUGGAGAAAGCCUUUAAAUGUCUGACUUCCGGCGAAUGGGCCCGACACUAUUUUCUGAACAAGAACAAAAUGCAGGAGAAAUUAUUCAAGGAACAUGUAUUUAUUUACUUGCGAAUGUUUGCAACUGACAGUGGUUUUGAAAUACUGCCCUGUAAUAGAUACUCAUCAGAACAAAAUGGAGCCAAGAUAGUCGCAACGAAAGAGUGGAAACGAAAUGACAAAAUAGAAUUACUGGUGGGUUGUAUUGCCGAACUUUCAGAAAUUGAGGAGAACAUGCUACUUAGACAUGGAGAAAACGACUUCAGUGUCAUGUAUUCCACAAGGAAAAACUGUGCUCAGCUCUGGCUUGGUCCCGCCGCGUUUAUAAACCAUGAUUGCAGACCUAACUGUAAGUUUGUGUCAACGGGUCGAGACACAGCGUGUGUGAAGGCCCUAAGGGACAUUGAACCCGGAGAAGAGAUUUCUUGUUACUACGGAGAUGGAUUUUUUGGGGAAAACAAUGAAUUCUGCGAGUGUUACACUUGUGAAAGACGGGGAACUGGUGCUUUUAAAUCCAGAGUGGGACUGCCCGCGCCUGCUCCUGUUAUCAAUAGCAAAUACGGACUCAGAGAGACAGACAAACGUCUAAAUAGACUUAAAAAAUUAGGUGACAGCAGCAAAAACUCAGACAGUCAGUCUGUCAGCUCUAACACUGAUGCAGAUACCACUCAGGAAAAAAACAAUGCAACUUCUACCCGGAAAUCUUCAGUUGGUGUGAAAAAGAGCAGCAAAAGCAGAACAUUAACAAGGCAGUCUAUGUCACGGAUCCCAGCUUCUUCCGACUCUACCUCAUCUAAGCUAACUCAUGUAAAUAAUUCCAGGGUACCAAAGACACUGAAAAAGCCUGCCAAGCCUUUACUUUCCAAAAUAAAAUUAAGGAAUCAUUGCAAACGGCUGGAGCAAAAGAGCACUUCACGGAGACUCGAAAUGGGAGACUUAGUGCUUAAAGAGCCUAAAGUCGUUCUCUACAAAAAUUUACCCAUUAAGAAGGACAAGGAGCCGGAGGGACCAGUCCCAGCCACGGCGGCCAGUGGGUGCUUGACUAGGCACGCGGCACGGGAGCACAGGCAGAACUCGGGGCGAGGGCCGCCCGUGCUGGGGGAGGAGGCCCCCUGCACCUACAUAACCAGGCGGUCUGUACGGACAAGGCUGAACUUGAAGGAGCCCUCCGACAUCAAGCUGGAACCAAAUACGCCGGACGAUUGCAAGGACGGCGUGACGGAGCCCUGCCCGGACAGUGGCGCCCAGCCCCCGCCCACGGCCCAGGCCACUGACCUGGCUGACGCGGCCGCCCCGAGCGGGGAGGCCCAGGGGCCCAAGAGCGACUCCAGCACAUCCAGGAAAAAGGCCCGGCCGGGGAGGCUCGUGAAACAGCUCACAAAGGCGGAAGAUGCCACCGUGGCACCCACGUCCCCGGGGAGGGCCUGCCUGCUGCCUGAGGCCACGGGGCCCCCCUUGGCGCAGGGUGAGCUUGGGGGCGCCGGGGGCAACCCUGUGGGCUGCACCGACUGGACCCAUUCUCCGGGGGGCGGCUCCAGCCUGCCACCUGAUGGCUUCACAGCAAAAGAUGGCUUCAGAACUGCAAAGAGCAAGAAGAAGAGGCGCAUCACUAGGUAUGACGCGCAGCUGAUCCUGGAAAACAACUCUGGGAUCCCCAAACUGACUCUCCGGCGGCGUCACGACAGCAGCAGCAAGACGGACGACCGGGAUGGGGACGGGAUGAGCUCCUCGAAGAUCAGCAUCAAGCUGAGCAAAGACCACGAAAAUGACAGCAACCUCUACGUGGCCAAGCUCAACAACGGCUUUAGCUCGGGGCCGGGCAGCAGCGCCACGAAACUGAAAAUCCAGCUGAAGCGGGACGAGGAGAGCAGGGGGCCCUAUCCGGAGGGGCUGCACGAAAACGGGGUGUGCUGCAGCGACCCCCUCUCUCUGCUGGAGUCCCGGAUGGAGGUGGACGACUACAGCCAGUACGAGGAGGAGAGCUCGGAUGCGGACGACUCCUCGGAGGGGGACGAGGACGGGGCCGACUGUGAUGACGACUUCGAGGACGACUUCAUCCCCCUCCCGCCCGCCAAGCGGCUGCGGCUCAUCGUGGGCAAGGACUCCAUAGACAUUGACAUCUCCUCCCGGAGGAGAGAAGACCAGUCCUUGCGGCUCAACGCCUGAGCUCGGCCUCGGCCGGCCUGGGGCAGCUGCGCUCAAGAGAUGGAAAUUCCAGCCGGUGGCUGCUCCCCUGACCGCCAUGGCCGCCGGGCCGCCCGCCGCGCGUCAGCAUAACACUGUAGGAAGCGUGCAGCCGCCGGCUCUCCUGGGCCUGCGCGCGCGCACUUGUACCGUACUUUCUAAAUAGCCUCCUUACGUGCAAUCCUGAGUUAGAGGUAAAGCCCUGUUGUAAGAUAAAGGCUCAAGCAAAAUUGUACAGUCACAGCCGCUUUCCACACAGGACCGUGAACCAAUAAUGUGGAGACAGUUUUUUUACCCUUACGAGCUUCAGCUGGCUCUUGAAUCCGUGACUAGACAAAACCCCCAUCUAAAACCAAUCACAGUAGCAGCGUUUGCGGUUUUCUAGUUCAUGCUAAUGUCACCAGCAAGAUCUUCCGGCUUUUUGGUUUAUUUGCUCGAUGUGCCCCUUGGCGUCCUGUCGGUCCCACACUGUCUGCCGGCCUCGCGCGGCGGGCGGAGGCGCCGGCCCUUGGCUGGGAGGCAGAUUGUUUCUCGAAACAACCAGUACCGAGCUUGGGCCCCGCCGGCCGCCAGUGUCGGGGUGAGUUUCCACACGGCGUAUUUAUUGCUUGUCAUGUAAAUUAAAGACCUUGUAUUUAACACUUUUCAAUCCUUUUAGAUAAAAUUGUUCUUUGCAAGAAUGAUUGGUGCUUAUUUUUUCAAAAAUUCGCUGUGAACAAUGUGACGACAACAAGCGACGUUUAUCUGAUGAACUACGGCUGUUUAGUUUGGGUCUCCCAAGUUUUCUGUUGCACUUGUAAAAUGCUACAAGGAAUAUUAAAAACUCUAUUCACUUUAACUUAUAAUAGUUUAUGAAAUAAAAACCUGAGUCACAGCUUUUGUUCUGUGGUAACCUAUAAAAAUGUUUGUCUGGAAUUCAAUGUAAAGAACUGAAAACAAUGUGUAUGUUGUAAAUAUUUGUGUGUUGUGAGAAAUUUUUGUCAUAAGAAAUUAAAAGAACUUACCAGGAAGGUUUUUAAGUUUAGAAAUACUCAUGCCAAUAAAAUAGGAAUUAUAAAUAUAUAGUUUAAAGCACUGCAUCAGUGGGAGUUCUUGGCUUAUGUUAUUUUAUGUACGAAAAUAUCAAAGAUUUUUUUGACUAUAUUAUCAGUUAAACAAAAAAGAGGAGUCAGAUUUUAAUUUGUUUUUUGAAGCACUUUUGAGAAGAGAAAUUAAUUUUAAGUAACUUAAUGAGCAAAGUUUUUGAUUACUACUUUAUGUCCAAUACCAGGCUUUCAUUUCUCUGGAUGAUUUUACAGAUCUUUGGACAAAGAACUGGGGGAUGUAAAUGUGUGCCCAGGGCGGAUGCCGGGGGUCUGCUGCCUCUGGGACCUGUACUGGCGGCAGGCGCGCUGCGCCCCUAAGCAAGGUCCAGCAGGGCGUGUCUGAAACGUUAAAAGGAGCCCGCAGGCCGGAGACGCCGGGGGAGAAGGCCCGGUGCUUACUGCUGCGCUGACUGAUGCCUGGUUUCCAGGUUUGGGGCAUCAGUUAAAUUCAGUUCCUCAAAACAGUUGCCAGCAGUUUCCAAAUAGAAAUUAGUAAUACUCAUAAAAGGCUUUUAAAUGUAGAAGUGUUUCUCCUUGUUUCGUGGAGGAGCCACUGUGCGGCCUCCUGCCGUCUCCGGCGCGGUGCAGGCCCAACCCUCAGGUAUCGCUUAGGAAGCUGGCGGUGGAGGGCCUGGUGUGCGCGCUCCCCUCCGCCCCAGAGGUCCUCGCCGCCAGGCCCAGCCUGUCCCUCGGAGCACUUUGCAGACCAAGUUCAGGCCUCACGUGUCCCGUGUGGGAGACGGGUGGGACUCACGCCCCUGGGGGAAUUCAAGCUCAGACCCUUGUGCCAGCACACGGGGUCACCUCUUCUGUCCCCACCCUGGUUUGGGGCAUUUCGAGGAGGGUCAGAAGCUAAAGCUUGAGCUCUCUCGGGCUACCCACAAUAGCCACUUCAGGAGUUCCAGUCUUAAGGAAGAGGUAAUACAAGAUUGCAUUUCCCACCUUUCUCUGUGUUUAAGCUUAAUUUUAGUGACUUAUUUAUGACGUUUGUUUUUACUGCGGCCUCGUCUUUGAGGCUGACCUCCCCGUGGGUCUGGGCAGUGGCGUUCAGGGGGCCGCUGCCUCGGGAGUCGGUGUGCACAAGCGCUCGGCAGCCGCUGCCGGCGCCUUCCAGGGAAACCUAAUUUCCGUUCUUAAAGCUAGGGGCCUCGGAGCUGCCCAGCUCCCUGCAGGGCUUCACCCUGCGGGUGGGCGCUGCCCUCGCUGGCGACCCCUCGGAAGAGGUGGCAUUCAAUAAAACUUAGCUUGAGCUUAUGCAAUGAUUGGUAAACUUUUGGCAUUGUGAGAAUUAGGAAAUGAUCGUAGACGUAUAUGUAAAGUAUUCGAUUUUCAAUCAUUUUUCAAAUUACUGUUUUAAAUUGUUUUGCUGAGUUGUAAUACUUUUGAGAUACAAUGUAUUCCUUGUACUGAAAGAAUGAAAAAAGGACUUUUUCUGCAUUUGAGGUAAGUUCUUUAACGUUUCAUUAAAAACAUUUUUUACAAAUAUUUUGUACAUGCACUUGCAGUAUUGAGGUUAAUCAUUUUAAUAAAUUCGGAAAUUAAAACAGUUUGGCCGGUGUCCACUUCU